AAAUUGUUUAUCUCAUUGUUCUAUUAUUUAUUCUUGUUUUUCUUUUGUCUUUGCCAAACACCAAUUUACCAAGACAAAUUCCUCGUACAGUACUUGGCAAUAAACGUGAUUCUGAUUUUGAUUCUAAAAAAGUAACUCUUUGUUAUUGUCUUGUAUUAUCGACAAACUAUUUUCCUGUUUGACAUUGUAAAGCUGCUUUGACACAAUCGCAAUAAUGGAUUAUACAGAUAAAGGUGACUUGACUUGACUUCCCACAAUCCACUGACGAUUUGAAAAAGACAGCAGGAAUAAGCAAGUUUGAAUGAGAGAUGCAGUUUACAUCUUUCUUAAUUCAGCUUUAACAUUUAUUUCAUGCAUCUUGCAGAUGCUAUCUUGGUUUCGUUAGUAAUUUUCUGCACAUCAUUGGACAACAUGUAUUUAAAUACAUUUGAUUUCCUCUGACCUAAUUUACAUUUAUACAGUAUGUAAAUUUCUAUGCACUCUUGUGAUUUUAGGCUCAACGUGUGAACGGGACUUUUAUUGUGGUCUGGCGUUAUGACGUCAUAAGACGGCGCCGCGCUCCUGCAUCUUUUGUGAUUCGGCUGAAGAAAGGUUUGUAUCUUAAGCAUUUAAAUCGAUCCAAACAGUUUAGUCAGUGUUAUAGAUAAAUGUAUUUAUAUUACAAGCGAUAUAAAUGAAUGGAUAAUUAUUGAAUGUAACACUGUAAUGCUUCAUCUAACAUCAAUUAAAAAAAAAUUGUGAAUUUAAAGCGCAUUUAAACACGAGUAACAGCAAAAAUGUGCUUUUCAUUUCGCGAAUCAGUUUUAUUAUAAAUUCGAACACAGGCCAGUAGUGAUGGAGAAACGGAGCUUUUCAAAACUCCGAGUCAAUUGAAUCAAUUGCCUCACAAAAUAAUUCACUUGCGAAGCGCUCGAAUCACUGCACGCGGACGACACCUGCUGGUCAAAAUCGUGUGAAUACAAUGAAUCACAAACUUGUAAUGACAAACAAACGGUUUGUAAGUGUAAACUAUUAAAUGUAAUCUACAAAUCAUUAAAUACAAAAUAUAAAUCAUAAAUUCUCAAGUGUCUGUAUAAUUUGUGUUCCUUUUGAAUUUGUAAUAGUUUUUGAGUCUAAUCAAUUUAGGACCACUGAUUUUUACUCUGCCUGACAUCCUUUUUUUCUUCUGUUAUUUAUUCUCAUCUUAAACAUGACAGUGUCCAAACACAGAAAAACAAACAGAUGGCGUUUAUUAAAGAGGAGAGUGAAGACAUGAACACUGAAGAAGCAUUCAGAGUCAAACAUGAAGAUACUGAAGAACAAACAGAUCUGAUGGCACUGAAAGAGGAGAGUCUAGGAGAAGAACUGAAUGAAAUGGAAGAGAAAAAUCAGUAUGAGAAACGUCAGGAUUUCAAGAGAAGAGAAAAAUCCUUAAAGACUGAAAAGACUUCCUCACAAAAAAGAGGUCAGAAGACUGACUCUAACAGUUAUUUCACCUGCUGUCAGUGUGGUAAGCAUUUCACUUAUAAGCAAAACCUUGAAGUCCACAUGAGAGUACACACUGGAGAGAAGCCUUUCAGCUGCCAACAGUGUGGAAAAACAUUCAAUCAAAAACAAAACCUUAAAGCCCACAUGAGAGUUCACACUGGAGAGAAGCCUUAUAUCUGCAAACUGUGUGGACAAAGUUUUACACUUAAAGGAAACCUUAAUGCACACAUGAGAAUUCACACUGGAGAGACCCCUCACACCUGUAGACUGUGUGGGAAGAGCUUCUCAAGAAAGGAAAGUCUUAUGACUCACAUGAACAUUCACACAGGAGAGAAGUCUUGUAUAUGUGGUCAGUGUGGAAAGAGAUUCAAAUGUAAAGAAACACUUAAUCAACACAUGAGUAUUCACUCAAAAACGGACUGUUUUAUAUGUCAUCAGUGUGGAAAGAGUUUCAUGCAUAAAAGAAGCCUCAACACCCACAAUAGACUUCAUACUGGAGAGAAGCCUUUCAUCUGCCCUCAGUGUGGAAAAAGUUUCUCACAAAAAGGAAACCUUCAAACUCACAUAAGUAUUCAUACUGGAGAGAAGCCUUUCAAGUGUCUUCAGUGUGAUAAUAGAUUCACAUAUCAAAGAGACCUGAAACGUCAUUUACAAAAUCAUUUGGUAAAGAAAUUGUGAGCAGUUUAACUCUGGAGAAAGCCAAUUUGAGGUUACUUAAAAUUGGAACCAGAAAAUAUGUAUCUCUGGGAAAUAAAGGCUAUGUUCACUUUGCAGAUGAAUGUGAGCCAUAUGUGAUAGUCCACCUUUAUCAUUACUUUUAUUUGCAAUAUUCACCUCUUUACACUUUGCCGUGAGGCUUUUUAUUUCCCUUUUUCAUGUUCAUAUGAACUCUUGUUUCCACACUUGUCAAUCUCCUUUGCUAUAAUUUCAAAUAUACAUUUACAUUUAUUCAUUUAGCAGCCAUUUUUAUCCAAAGCGACUUACAAAUGAGGAGAACAAUAGGAGCCAUCAGAAGAAACAAGAGAGCAACAAUAUGCAAGUGCUGUGACAAGUCUCAGUUAGUCUAGCACAGUACACAUAGAUAGUGUUUUUUUAAUAGAAUGGAAUAGAAUAGGUAAGUGCUAGUAUUAGUUCAUCAGGUG